AUGCGGCCCCGACCCUCAACCCUCGCACUCGGCGCCCUCUUGGCCUCGCUCGUCAGCGCCAUCCCUCUCACGAUCCUCCAACGGCACCGACGGCAGAUCCCCGACACGCUCUUUGUCGGCAUCCGCGACUCGAGCGACGCCUUUCCCGCCGUCCUGUACCGCUCGACCGACAACGUCACCUGCAGCACGUACAAAAUCACGUACGGCGGCUCGCAGCCGCCCUUCCACCUCUCGGUCGUCGGCUUUGCCAACCCCGACACGGCCUUCAUGGACAUCGGCGACUAUGGUGCCGCCGGCACGACGCUGUGGGCCGUCGAGGUCGACCCGGGCAGGACCGUGCGCGUCAAGGUGACCGACGCGGCGGGCAACACGCGCAUGACGGCCGCCUCGACGGUCCAGGACGGCCGCCCAGACGGCGCUUUCUGCUCAUCCUCGUCGGACGGUCUCGGCGCAGGCUACUACGCUUUUGUCCUCGUCGCGGGCGCAUUCGGCCUCUCGGUCCUCGUCCUCGCCAUGUGCCUCGUUCGCUCGGCGUGCCGUGCCCCGAGGGUUGUGCGACGCAUCCGCCGCUCGAGCCCGGUCCUCCCCUCGCCCUCGGGCAAGCCUCCUCCCCUCCCGCCUCGUCCCGGCUCGGCGCAGGGCAAGAGGGGCUCGACGACGCCGACGGGUGAGCCGCCCAUGUCGCGUCGCGAUGGCGGCCGACGGCCGCCGGCGCCGCAGCACGGGCGCUUCCACGAGGUCGACCUCAAGAAGGCGGCCAAGGAGGGCCCGCCGCCUUUCGUGCCCUUGCCACCUCCUCGGUACCAGGCCAGGGCGCCAGAGAAGCAGUCGAAGCAGUCGAGAAAGAAGUGAGCGAGCGUCUGUGUAGCCUGUACGGGUCGGCGUGCUCGCAGUCGUCGCAGCUGCAGUUUUGACUUC